AUCGUCCGUCGUCCUGUCGCCGCCGCGGGCGCCACCCGAGGGAGCUGCCGCCGCGAGACCCAAGCGGACGGGAUCCGACUUUGCCACCCGAGGCCGUCUGGGGCCCAGCAGCCGCCCGCAGAGGCGCCGAGCAACUUCGGUUGGCCAGCACGUUGACAGAAGUUGCCUUUUGACAUAGCUCCCACCAUGGCCGGCUGGUAGGACCACCGUCCCAUGCCCAGAAGCCAGUUCAGAAUGACUGAAGAAGCAUGCCGAACACGGAGUCAGAAACGAGCACUUGAGCGGGACCCAGCGGAGGACGAUGUGGAGAGCAAGAAGAUAAAAAUGGAGAGAGGAGUGCUGGCCUCGGAUUUAAAUGCUGACGGAGACACGCGCGUGACGCCUGAGUCGGGAGCAGGUCCCGCCCAAGGGCUGCUGAGGGGGACAGAGGCGACGGCCACGGGCAGAGGCGAAGGGCAGGCGGGCGACGGGCCCGUGGACAUGCGGACCACGCACAGUGACAUGAAGUCUGAGAGGAGACCCCCUUCGCCUGAUGUGAUCGUGCUGUCUGACAACGAGCAGCCUGCGAGCCCGAGGGUGAAUGGGCUGACCGAGGAGCCCCCGAAGGAGACCAGCACCGAGGCCCUCAUGAAAAGCAGUCCUGAAGAACGAGAAAGGAUGAUUAAGCAACUAAAAGAAGAGUUACGGUUAGAAGAAGCAAAACUGGUUUUGUUGAAGAAGUUGCGGCAGAGUCAAAUACAAAAAGAAACUCCCACCCAGAAGCCCGCAGGCUCCACUGGGAGCUCCGUGACCACCCCUCCCCCGCUCGUACGGGGCACCCAGAACAUUCCUUCCGGCAAGCCAUCACUUCAGGCCUCUGCAACUCGGAUGCCUGGCAGUGUCAUCCCACCACCCCUGGUCCGUGGCGGGCAGCAGACGUCCUCAAAGUUAGGGCCUCAGGCGAGCUCCCAGGUCGUCAUGCCCCCGCUCGUGAGGGGGGCCCAGCAAAUCCACAACAUCAGACAACAUUCCAGCACAGGGCCACCGCCACUCCUUCUGGCUCCCCGGGCGUCUGUGCCCAGUGUGCAAAUUCAGGGACAGAGGAUCAUUCAGCAGGGCCUCAUCCGUGUCGCCAACGUCCCCAACACUAGUCUGCUCGUCAACAUCCCACAGCCCUCCCCAGCAUCGCUGAAAGGAACGGCAGCCACCUCUGCUCAGGCCAACUCCACCCCCACCAGCGUGGCCUCCGUGGUCACCGCUGCGGAUUCUCCAGCCAGUCGGCAGGCGGCCGCCAAGCUUGCACUGCGCAAACAGCUGGAGAAGACGCUGCUUGAAAUCCCCCCACCCAAACCCCCUGCCCCCGAGAUGAACUUCCUGCCCAGCGCUGCCAACAACGAAUUCAUCUACCUGGUGGGCCUGGAGGAGGUGGUGCAGAACCUGCUGGAGACACAAGCGGGCAGGAUGUCGGCCGCCGUCGUGCUCUCCCGGGAGCCCUACAUGUGUGCACAGUGCAAGACAGACUUCACGUGCCGCUGGCGGGAGGAGAAGGGCGGCGCCAUCAUGUGCGAGAACUGUAUGGCGUCCAACCAGAAGAAGGCGCUCAAGGUGGAGCACACGAGCCGCCUGAAGGCCGCCUUCGUGAAGGCGCUCCAGCAGGAGCAGGAGGUCGAGCAGCGCCUCCUGCAGCAGGGCGCCGCCCCCGCGCAGGCCAAGGCCGAGCCCGCCGGUGCCCCGCUCCCCGUGCUGAGGCAGGUCAUAAAACCCCGGCGUAAGUUGGCGUUCCGCUCAGGAGAGGCCCGCGACUGGAGUAACGGGGCUGUGCUACAGGUCAGAACUAGGGCGCCGGGAGCCCCCCGCACCGCACAACCAACCAGCCCUCACGCCCCCGACCGUGACCACGCCUCCAGCCAGCUGUCCCGGGGCUCGGCCACAACACCCCGAGGCAUCCUGCACACAUUCAGCCAGUCGCCCAAACUGCAGAACGCAGCCUCGGCCACCACCCUCGUCAGCAGGACGGGCAGACAUUCCGAGAGGGCCAUGAGCGCUGGCAAGGGCAGCACCACCUCCAACUGGAAGAAGGCGCCCCUGAGUACAGGCGGGGCCCUCGCGUUUGUCAGCCCGAGCUUGGCGGUGCACAAGACCUCCUCAGCCGUGGACCGCCAGCGGGAGUACCUCCUGGACAUGAUCCCGCCCCGCUCCAUCCCCCAGUCAGCCACGUGGAAAUAGUGCGCCAGUGGAGAACAGGCUCCCUCCCUCCCACCUGGCCCAGCACCCUCCGCUCGGAAGACACCUCGCUCCCCAAGAAGGCGAGCGCGCGCAGGCCAUGCUGCAGAAGUGAGCGCUCCAGUCUUGGCUACAAAGUCUCGUUGCGUCACGGAGGGAUGCUUCACAGGUGGACCAGGACUCAUACUGGGGGACCUUUCCCGUGGGCUUCCUCCCUUUCUUUGCCUUUAGUUUGCCCAACACCAGCAGAAAAGCGGACCUCGGGGCCAGCUCUGCUCCUGGCCCUCCCCUGCAGCCCCUGGCAGGGCUCGUGGACGGCGCGCCCAGACACUGUGACACGCUCGGGCAGCGGUGCCCGGCGCUGCAGAAGUUGAGCGGAGCAUUGUUUUGUUUUGCUUUGCCCCCGUCUUAGCCUCCUAAUCUCUGACUGCCUUUCUUCAUGGCAAUCCCUAGGUUGACAGAUUUUUUAAAAUCACCUCACGAUGAUGGAGUUUAAUGUAAACGGUGCAGACCCAGGGUUCCCUGCCAAGCACGACCCCGGUGCCCUGGGGGGUGGGCCGCUCACCCCCCAGCCCUCACUCCAGCAGAAGGCCUCUGCUACUGCUCAUCCCGGAGACACCCUCCGACCUUCCACACUUAAGCAGAAGAGCAAACUGCAGCCCAGACCCAGCCAGAGAGCCUGGGACCCUGGGAGCCGAGUGCCGCCGCCUGAGUAGGGAGGGGAGAAUCGGCCGCCACACCCGGAGCCGGAGAAGGAAGUUGGAGGGGCCGGCUGUUGUGUUUUUUGUUGUGGUGGUGAUUUAUUUUAUUAAAUCGUUUCCUUUUCUUUUCCUACUUACUUUGAUGGACGCAUCCUAAGCCCUGGCCUGUGCUCCUGUUGAGUGUGUCUGCGUGGGGAGGCGCGCGCGCCCCCCACCCCCACCCCCCACCCCAGACUUCAGGGUUAGCAUUUGGGUCUAGUUUAGAACCUCCCUUACAAAGCAGGGCCACGCGGCCAGGGUUUGCCUUCAGACUCUUUUUUUAAUCCUCUAGCGUCUACAGAAAUGUCUCACAAAGGAUCAGGUCUGCUCUUAGUUGUGUUCUGGUUUGUUUUCUCCCACUCCUUAAAAAUCAGUCCAUGAGGAAAGGUAGAAGCUGUUGUGCGUGUGCUGCACAUGGGCCAGCUCUGUGCAGGUGUGAGGGUGUCACGUGUGCCUGCACACGCGUGUGGAGAUGGGGUACGCUGCUCCUCACUUCAGCCCCAGCCCUGGUUUUCCUGUCCAUGCAGUUAGGGACUUAAUUUAAAAUUCUUAAUUUGUAGGGCCACCUUCCUCAUAGACACUGCUGCACCGUUCUAAUAAAGGCUCAUUUAACCCCCCCUCAUGGUUGUGUGAAUAUCCGUGUUUAGAAGACAUUUUUGACAUGCAGUAGAAGACCUAGUUUUGCAAAGCGUUUGAAUUUUUGGUCUAAAGCCCUAAAUUUCCCAUUGAUUUUUGUUUUGAGUGCAUAAAGAAGGUGGCCUGAAGGAGGGGAGGACUGGAGAACGGUGGCUUUCAUUCCAAGAUCCAGGGAU